AUGGGAUCACCGAGUCAUUUGUGUCAUCGAAAGAACAAACUGAUCAACGAAAUGGAAGAUGAGACAAUAGAAGACAUCUCGGAAUCCGUUGAUGACUUGAGAGAGCGAUUAGCAAAUGUCAAGAGGAUGAUGAAGGAACAGAGUGGCUACACCCUGGGUGAACUCGCGGCCAAGAAGAAAGGAAAAUCUGAUGUUAUAAAUGGCGAUUUAUUGUCUUUGAUUUUUGCUGGUGUCUUCUUUGUUGUUAUGGGUGCUAGUUGUUGGGCUUUUUAUAAUCUUUAUCGAGCUGUUCUCAAGAAGUUUCCUUCUCAUCAUACUGAACUUUAA